CCUGCCCGUCUAACAAGAGGCUUGGGCCCGCCCCACACUGAAUUAUGCAAAUAUAGCCCUGUGCCCGCCCCACUGGGUUAUGCAAAUAAGGCACCCUGUGGUCCCGCCCCUGCCUCGGCCACGGAGUCUGCGCGGAGUGGCAAGUCCGGCGGUCCAGACUUCAUCUCGGUGUCCGCCUGCCUGACCAGCGAUCUGUCUGACUGUUCUGCGGCGCCUGGACCGUCUAGAGGGAGCGAGGGUUCAGGCGGCCGCGGCCUAGACAGGGCCUCAAUGGAGCCCUGGAUGCACAGUGCCCACCCUCACCUGCCUGGGCCUCAGUUUCCACAUCCAUGCAAUGGAGAUGAAUGUUCUUGCCCUGCUGGCCUCACGGAGUGGCUGUGAGUUGGUGGCAGUGGAGGUGAAUGCCUGGAGGAAGCCCUAGGGUGCUUUCACAGGCCCAGGCAUCACUAUGGCUGGAGGGAGGCCUCACCUGAAGCGGAGUUUCUCCAUCAUCCCCUGCUUCGUCUUUGUGGAGUCUGUGUUGCUAGGCAUCGUGGUCCUUCUUGCGUACCGCCUGGAGUUCACGGACACCUUCCCAGUGCACACCCAGGGCUUCUUCUGCUAUGACAGCGCUUAUGCCAAGCCGUACCCUGGGCCUGAGGCUGCCAGCCGAGCACCCCCAGCCCUCAUCUAUGCCUUGGUCACUGCUGGGCCCACCCUCACGAUCCUGCUGGGGGAGCUGGCCCGUGCCUUCUUCCCUGCGCCACCCUCCACCAGGCCUGUCAGUGGGGAGAGCACCAUCGUGUCCGGGGCUUGCUGCCGCUUCAGUCCCCCGCUGCGGAGACUGGUUCGUUUCCUGGGGGUGUACUCUUUUGGCCUCUUCACCACGACCAUCUUUGCAAAUGCGGGACAAGUGGUGACCGGUAACCCCACACCUCACUUCCUGUCGGUGUGUCGCCCCAACUACACGGCCCUGGGCUGCCCACCGCCGUCUCCUGACCGGCCAGGGCCUGACCGCUUCGUCACGGACCAGAGCGCCUGUGCAGGCAGUCCCAGCUUGGUGGCAGCCGCACGCCGCGCCUUUCCCUGCAAGGAUGCGGCCCUGUGCGCCUACGCCGUCACCUAUACUGCGAUGUACGUGACCCUAGUGUUCCGCGUGAAGGGCUCUCGCCUGGUGAAGCCUUCCCUCUGCCUGGCCCUGCUGUGCCCAGCCUUCCUGGUGGGCGUGGUCCGCGUGGCAGAAUAUCGCAACCACUGGUCGGACGUGCUGGCUGGCUUUCUGACGGGAGCAGCCAUUGCCACCUUUCUGGUCACCUGUGUUGUGCACAAUUUCCAGAGCCGACCGCACUCUGGUCGAAGGCUCUCCCCCUGGGAGGACCUGAGCCAGGCCCCCACCGUGGACAGCCCCCUCGAAAAGUUAAGUGUGGCCCAGGAACCCGAGACCUGCAGGCCGCAUUCGACACCGGCACGGCUCACCCCAUCCAAGCCGCAGAACUGUGCCCGCCGUGGCCACCUGAUUCCCAGCUGUGUGUCCUCCAGGGCGCCAGCGAUGUGCUCCUCGCCCCGUGUGCCCCGCCCUCGACUGAGGUCUGAGCCAACACCCCUGCCUCUGCCGCUGCCCCUUCCUGCACCGACUCCCAGCCAGGGUCCCUCGCCUUCCUCCCCUGGACCCGGGGGCCCAGGCGGGGGAGGUGGGCGCGGCCGGAAGCUGCUGCUGCCCACGCCCCUGCUAAGGGACCUGUACACCCUCAGUGGACUCCACCCCUCCCCUUUCCACCGCGACAACUUCAGCCCUUAUCUGUUUGCCAGCCGCGACCACCUGCUGUGAGAUCCACCACCUAAAAUCUACCCAGUGUCCAGUUUCCCCCCAUGCCACGCGUGCUGUGCGUGUGGCGCGUGAGUGCUAAAGGCUCCUGCCCUCCAAACCAGCCAGGCCAGUCGUCAGAAGAUGGCUGGAAGGGACGCUUCAAGGCAGGGAAUCUCUUGGCCGCUCUUUGGCCUUCUGGGACAUCUGGGUAGGCAAAAAUAACCAGGUGGGCCCGUGUCCCUAGGAUUGCCCUUUUAAUGGCUGACGCUUGACCCAACUGGCCAUCGCCUAGCCAGUGAGAGCUCCGAGUUCUCAGAAUUCAACCCAAAAGUUUACAAAAGUUUAUGGGAACCUCUCACUUCUUAGCUUCCUCAAGCAAGAGGGCCAGUGUUCAGUGUCUAAACAGCCAAUAAGAGCCCUUGGCCGUUCAGAAUUGCCGAGAGUGGGUGGGAAUGAUUCCAGUCAAUGGGGGACCGCCCGUGUCAAAGCCAAGUCAAAGCCAAGGAGGGCUAUCCAGACUCUCCACAGAGUCCAGCUGGAGGGUGGGGGGCAGGCUCCCCCACAGCAGGGCCCUGCGGCACCCUUUCCCUUCUAACUCUUCCCCCAGGUGCACCAUCUCACAUCCUCCAACUCCCUACUUAAGUAGGGCUUGCCCCAGUUGACAGGUUUUGGAAUUCGGAUGCUGUCUCCCUCGGCUGAGCCUAGGGCACCCCCCCCCCAAAAGACCUAUUAUUUAUUAGGGCUGUAGAAAAAGACUUUAUUUUCUCGGGACCCACCCUUCAUCUUCACACUGCCCCCAUGCCUCAGCCUCAUGCAGUUGUGCCAUCUUGGGGGGGGGAUGGGUGGAGCAGAAGGGGGUUCCCCUACCCGGAAUAGCCAAAAGCAGUGGGCAGAUGAGACACUGUCCCCCUUUCCUGCCCCCCUCCUCAUCUUUAAUAAAGACCUGUUUGUAACAGAA